AUGCUUUUCGAGCGCCACCAGUCAACUUCAACCCAUCCAAAAGCGUGCGGCAUCAGCCAGCGUACCACUGAGAUUCUUCGUGUCAUGGACGUUAGCGUGUCGCAGAGUAAAGCCGAGAACCUCGCAGCAGGUACGGCAUUAUUCGACAAAGGGCACCCCGAAUACGCGGAGAAGCAGCGACUUAUCCAAUUGGCAUUACAAGCGUUGGAUACCGAGUUCAAGACACCAAAGUACGAAGCAGGCUGGUUCUAUCCAAGCGCAGAUAUCGACUCUGAAGGUGGAGCGACGCAUGGAGGGCAAUAG